GAGUUUCUUUCUUGUUGAACAUAGACUAUAUGUUUCGGUGGCUCCUAUGACACUUUUUUCUCAUCAUACCCAAUUUCGACUAUAUUUUGAAGUUCACUUAUCUACAGAAAUUUAUUUGGUUUUAGGAUGGUUUGAUAUUUUUGGACAAUUCAACCUUCGAAAUAAAGCCACUAACAGAUAGAUUACGGCAAAUCCUAAGGAUCAAGGAUGAUCUCAAUAACUAUAGUCCUACAAAAAACCCACAUUUGGUAAAAAAAGCCAGCUUCUCUACCAGUUUUUUGUAUGAUCACGGAUACCCUUCAAGUAGUAGAAUCUGGACAGAUGCCCAAGAAGAUUCACAAGAUACUUCCAGACGCAACAGACUGAACAGGGAGAACAAUCGCCAUAUAGAAUCAGAACUGCUAACAUCAAGAGCAACUAAUAAAAUGACUCUGGAACUAGCAAUGUUUUUUGACGAGGCAGCAUAUAAAAUAUUUGCACCACAUUUGGACUAUAACGAUAAUAGGUUGCGAGAUAUGCUGCUAGCAUAUUUGAAUGGGGUUCAAGCGCUCUACCAUCAUCCUAGUCUAGGUGCUACGAUUGAUCUUGUUUUAGUAAGACUUGAUAUAAUGAAGGUCCAACCUAGAGAUCUGCCGCAUCAUGAUGGAGAGAGAGGAAAGCUAUUGGACAGCUUUUGCGCAUAUCAGGAAGAUCUAAACCCUGAAUCAGAUAGGGAUCCAGACCACUGGGAUAUGGCACUCUAUGUUUCAGGGUUGGAUUUUUAUGCAUUUGAGAAAGGUAGGAAGAGUGGUGUUACUAUGGGACUAGCACCUGUAGCAGGCGUGUGUUCAAAUACAUAUGCGUGCGUUAUAGCAGAGUUUGGAACGACAAAUGCCUUAGGUAAACCUUAUCCUAGUGCUGGAUUCACGAGCGUUUAUAUUUUGGCCCAUGAGAUUGGUCACAAUUUAGGGAUGCAUCAUGAUAGUAGCGGAAACAGUUGUGCCAAAGAAGGAUAUAUCAUGUCACCUUCUAGAGGAACGAAUGGGGAGACACAGUGGUCUACAUGUAGUGCCGAUGUUGUGGCUGACCUGAAGUGGGCAAAAUGUCUUCAAGAUAGCGCCAAACCCAAGAAACACAUGGACCACAGUCGAUACUUGAACAAUCCAGGCCAAAUGUACACUGCUAAACAGCAGUGUGAGAUAUUGCUACGGGAUAAAGACGCAGUUGCACUACCAGAUCAGGACCUGUCUACCGUUUGCUACAACCUUCAGUGCAAGACACCUAACAGAAGUGGUUAUUAUUUCGCAGGACCAGCUCUGGAGGGAACUCAAUGUGGCAAUGGGAAGUAUUGUGAAGGUGGGGACUGCAUUGAGAAAACACUUCCAAAACCAUUUAGUAGCAAACCUGGAGGUUGGGGUCCUUGGAAACGGGGCGAAUGUCAGUCUGGAUGUAUAGAAAAAUCCAUGGGAUAUUCUAUAAAAAGAAGAUUUUGUAACAACCCAAAGCCAGUGAACUCUGAUGAAGGAUGUGUUGGUUCAAGUAUGGAACGUGAACUUUGCAGCGACAAGAAGAUCUGCAAAGCUAAAAGGCAACCUAUUGUGAAUUAUGCUAGCGACAAAUGUAGAGAGUUUGCUCAGUUGCUGGACGAGUUAGAUCCAGAUGGUGGGGGAUUACAAGCACCGCAUGAAGAAGAUCGUUUGUGGAUGGGAUGUGCGAUAUUUUGCAAAAAUAAAGAUUUAGGUACAUUUUAUACACCACGAAUUGAGUUGAACGAUUUGGGAGUUUCUUCUUAUUUUCCUGACGGGACGUGGUGUCACCGGGAAAACAGCAUGAAUUAUUAUUGCUUGCAACAUCAUUGCUUACCAGAGAAUUUUCACUUCACGAAAGCUUCUGGCAUUGAUGACGUCCAUCUUCUGCAAAAUGCGCAGCCUGACCAAAAUAUCCCUCAACACGUCAGGGAUUAUUUUUCAUUGAGCUCAAAGGGAAAGCCACUUAUGAAAAUUUUGGAUAAUGAAAGAAUCUAUAUGAAUGAAGAAGAGUGGGAAACAGACGAUUAUGUCGAAGUUCCGGAGUUGCAAAAUCACAAGUUCGAACGUUUGAAUAUUUGAAAUGUACUUACAUUUUUUAUUGAAAAGACAUAUAGUAUUCUGAAAAAAAUA